UUGAAACCCGAAGAAAUCAAAGUUCGAGAGCAUUUACAAAGUCGCGAAAGGUGUUACAAAACUUCACGUUUCAACUCCAAAAAGUACCUGUGGAGUUCAAUCCCAGUUCGUUUCAGCAAUUAACCAUUUAAUGCGUUUCUGUUGAAGUUUUUUUCAGUACGCAGAGGGAGUGAAAUCCCGAUCUCCAUAUUUCCUGAGUUGGAACAAGUAGUUCGAGGAGCUGGAGUGAGACAGAGAGGGAGGGAUAACGAAAGGAAAACUUUUAGCCACCAUUCCUUCAUUUUAGAGUUCGUUCAUCUUCAGUGAAUUGUGUUGGAUCUGGUGGGAAGAAUGACGAGCAUCAACACACCCAACAUCAACUUCAAAUGGGACCCCAAGAGCCUGGAGAUCCGCACGCUGGCGGUGGAGAGGCUGCUGGAGCCCCUGGUCACCCAGGUUACGACCCUUGUGAACUCCAGCAACAAGGGGCCGUCCAAUAAGAAAAAGGGACGCUCCAAGAAGGCCCACGUGCUGGCUGCUUCCGUGGAAACGGCCACCCAGAACUUCCUGGAGAAGGGCGACAACAUCGCCAAGGAGAGCCAGUUCCUGAAGGAGGAACUCACUGCCGCUGUGGAGGAUGUGCGCAAGCAAGGAGAGUCCAUGAAGACGGCCUCGGGGGAGUUUGCGGAAGACCCCUGCUCGUCGGUGAAGAGGGGCAACAUGGUGCGCGCCGCCCGCGCCCUGCUGUCCGCCGUCACUCACCUGCUGGUGCUGGCCGACAUGGCCGACGUCUACAAGCUGCUGAUGCAGCUCAAGCUGGUGGAGGAGAACCUGGUGAAAGUCCGCAACGCAGGCACCGAGCAGGACCUGGGCAUCCAGUACAAGGCUCUGAAGCCAGAGGUGGACAAGCUGAACCUGAUGGCAGCCAAGAGACAGCAGGAGCUGAAAGACGUCCACCACAAGGACCAGAUGGCGGCGGCGCGCGGCGUGCUGCAGAGGAACGUGCCCAUGCUGUACAAGGCGUCGCACGCCUGCCUGCAGCACCCGGACGUGGCGGCCUACAAGGCCAACCGCGACCUCAUCUACAAGCAGCUGCAGCACGCCGUGUCGGGCAUCUCCAACGCCGCCCAGGCCACCGCCUCCGAGGACUCGGCCCUUGCCCAGCCGCCGGGCGGCGGCGAGCUCGCCUACGCGCUCAACAACUUCGACAAGCAGAUCAUAGUGGACCCGCAGAGCUUCAGCGAGGAGCGCUUCCGCCCGUCCCUGGAGGAGCGCCUGGAGAGCAUCAUCAGCGGCGCUGCCCUCAUGGCCGACUCCUCCUGCACCCGCGACGACCGCAGGGAGCGCAUCGUGGCCGAGUGCAACUCGGUGCGACAGGCCCUGCAGGACCUGCUGUCGGAGUACAUGGGCAACGCGGGGCGAAAGGACAGGAGCGACGCCCUCAACUCGGCCAUUGAUAGGAUGACCAAGAAGACCCGAGAUCUGCGCAGACAGCUGCGUAAGGCGGUGAUGGACCAUGUCUCUGACUCCUUCCUGGAGACCAAUGUCCCGCUGCUGGUCCUGAUCGAGGCGGCCAAGAACGGGAACGAGAAGGAGGUGAAGGAGUACGCCCAGGUGUUCCGUGAACACGCCAACAAGCUCAUCGAGGUGGCCAACCUGGCCUGCUCCAUCUCCAACAACGAUGAAGGUGUGAAGCUGGUCCGAAUGGCCGCCUCCCAGUUGGAAACCCUCUGUCCCCAGGUGAUUAAUGCGGCCCUCGCCCUGGCUGCCAAGCCCAACAGCAAAGUGGCCCAGGACAACAUGGAUCUCUUCAAAGAGCAGUGGGAGAAGCAAGUGCGCGUGCUCACCGACGCGGUGGAUGACAUCACUUCCAUCGACGACUUCCUGUGUGUCUCUGAAAAUCACAUCCUGGAAGAUGUGAACAAAUGCGUGAUCGCUCUGCAGGAGAAGGAUGUGGAUGGGCUGGACCGCACCGCGGGGGCCAUCCGCGGCCGCGCGGCCAGGGUGGUCCACGUGGUCACCUCCGAGAUGGACAACUACGAGCCAGGCGUCUACACCGAGAAGGUCCUGGAGGCCACCAAGCUCCUGACCGACACAUUGAUGCCCCGUUUCACCGAGCAAGUGGAGGCCGCGGUGGAGGCCCUGAGCGCCAACCCCUCGCUGCCGGUGGAUGAGAACGAGUUCAUCGACGCCUCGCGCCUCGUGUACGACGGCAUCCGAGACAUAAGGAAGGCCGUGCUGAUGAUCAGGACCCCGGAGGAGCUGGACGACUCGGACUUUGAGACGGAGGACCUGGACGUGCGCAGCAGGACCAGCGUGCAGACGGAGGAUGACCAGCUGAUCGCCGGGCAGAGCGCUCGGGCCAUCAUGGCUCAGCUUCCCCAGGAGCAAAAGGCCAAGAUCGCCGAGCAGGUGGCCAGCUUCCAGGAGGAGAAGAGCAAGCUGGACGCCGAGGUGUCCAAGUGGGACGACAGCGGCAACGACAUCAUCGUGCUGGCCAAGCAGAUGUGCAUGAUCAUGAUGGAGAUGACCGACUUCACCAGGGGCAAAGGACCUCUGAAGAACACAUCUGAUGUGAUCAGCGCGGCAAAGAAGAUCGCAGAGGCCGGUUCGAGAAUGGACAAGCUGGGCCGCACCAUCGCUGACCAGUGCCCUGACUCCGCAUGCAAGCAGGACCUGCUGGCCUACCUUCAGCGCAUCGCCCUGUACUGCCACCAGCUCAACAUCUGCAGCAAAGUGAAGGCGGAGGUGCAGAACCUGGGUGGAGAACUGGUGGUGUCUGGGGUGGACAGUGCCAUGUCCCUCAUCCAGGCUGCCAAGAACUUGAUGAACACGGUGGUUUCUACAGUGAAAGCAUCUUACGUGGCCUCCACCAAGUACCAGAAGUCUCAGGGCAUGCAGUCCCUCAACAUGCCCGCCAUCUCCUGGAAGAUGAAGGCCCCCGAGAAGAAGCCUCUGGUAAAGCGCGAAAAGCACGAUGACGGUCAGACCAACAAGGUGAAGCGGUCUUCCCAGAAGAAACACAUCAACCCCGUGCAGGCCCUGAGCGAGUUCAAAGCGAUGGAUAGCAUCUGAGCGAGCCCCCGCAGUCCUCUCCCCAGCUCCCCCAGUACUCUGAGAAACCGCUAACUGGAAUGAAAUAUGCAUAGAAAAUGAUAUUUGUUUUGAAGUUUAGAUGAGGCCUUUCCGUCUGUCAGAAACCAUUUGAAAACAUCCUCCAUCCUCAGUAGGCAUUAUGUCUUUUUGAUUUGCAGUGCAAUGCAACUUAUGUCCUAUUUUUUCCCCCCCCAAACAGUGACAUAGUGUGCAGUCUUCAAAAAUACACUUAAAUGUUAUUGGAUGCUCACCCUGUAAAAAAAAAAAAAAAAAAAAAAAAGGUUAAGAAUUAUGACUGGAAGUGAGUUUUUGGGGGAGGGGACCAGCUCUUUUUUUGUCAUUUUCAUUUAAAUUAAGAAGUUACUUUUGCUUUUAUUCACGACUUUUACUCACAUUAUGUUUCAUUUGUGUAUUUCAAACAUUUUAUCUUUUUUUUUCUUUCAUGGGAGGCUUUAUCUGAUGUAGAGACCAUAUUCUGUUGUUAUUUGCACAACAGUGGAUUCCAG